CGGAGGAUUUGCUCACCUUUUUGAAGCGCGCCAGCUAGAGUUCGUUGGAAGAGACACUCGGGUUUGGUCGUGACUGCUGGAAGGGCACAGGAAAGGAACUCAUUCUUGGUGAAAGCAAAGAGAAUACAAUGGUAUAACACCGGCUGAGAAAGUUAGAGAAAGAGCCAGAAGAGUAUUGAAGAGUGUGUUUUAUAAAGAAGUACAGACAAGUACAGACACCAUGCCAACUCAGACUAAUGAACCUCACAUUGUUGACGUUUGGAACACAAAUUUAGAGGAUGUGUUCAGGAAGAUUCGCAUCAUCAUACAGAAAUACAAAUAUGUGGCCAUGGAUACAGAGUUUCCUGGCGUUGUAGCCCGGCCCCUGGGCGAGUUCCGCACCAACUCCGAAUAUCAAUACCAGCUGCAUCGAUGCAACGUAGACUUGCUCAAGAUAAUACAGCUAGGCAUUACCUUCUGUGAUGAACAGGGUAAUUUUCCGAAGACGGGCUCAACGUUCCAGUUCAACUUCAGGUUUAAUCUCAGUGAAGACAUGUACGCUAAAGAUUCAAUAGAGCUCCUAUCUGGGUCAGGUAUCCAGUUCAAGAAGCAUGAAGAUGAAGGAAUCGAGGUUGAUCACUUUGCAGAGCUUCUGAUGACAUCGGGAGUGGUUCUCAAUGACAGUGUCAAGUGGGUCACCUUCCACAGUAGUUACGACUUUGCCUACCUGGUCAAGCUGAUGACGGCGACCAACCUGCCUUCAGAGGAGUCAGAAUUCUUUGAGCUCCUGAGGAUCUUCUUCCCAUGUAUCUAUGAUGUGAAAUACCUGAUGAAGAGCUGUAAAGACCUCAAGGGGGGUCUUCAAGAAGUAGCUGAUAUCCUUCAGAUCCAGAGGAUAGGACCUCAACAUCAAGCUGGCAGUGAUAGCCUCCUCACUGUACAAACAUUCCUUAAAAUGAGAGAGUGCUAUUUUGAAGAUAACAUUGAUGAUGACAAGUAUUGCGGUCACCUGUAUGGUCUGGGAUCGGCUUACAUGCAGAACGGAUCGGCUUACACGGAAGAGAAUAACACAGCUCCUACGACUACAGCUACGUAACCCGAGCCCCAACCACUCCCCCCUUCCCGUCCCUUUCCUCCACUUUCCCCUCCUCCUCCCUUCCUCCCCACUCCUCACAAUCUAACAUGACCUUUGACAUUACCCAGGGUGCUUCAGUGUUUCUUCCAACGUCUUCUUGUCAGCCUUUUGUUUUCCAAACCACUUGUCUUGUUAAAGUAUGAAACUAAGGAUACAUUUAUAAUGAUAGCAAGGUGAUG